CUAAAAACAUAAAAAUUAAUAUUUCCCGCAAAACGACGUCAAACUUUAAAGCGCCAUUUGUAUUCUUAUGUCCGCUUCCUAGUAUUGGUUACGCGUGUACUUAAUAAUAAUAAUGUUGGUAAGUUUAAAUUUUUGUUUGCUUUUCGUUCUGUUUGUUAACACUGAGCACUACAGUAAGUUCUCUCGACUACGGCUGUCUCAUUCGUGAAAUCGAAAGGGAAUUCCUUGUGCGAAUGAUGGACAGACUUCGUAAGCCUCGAAGGGGUUUCCCCAAGAAUGCUCACCCCACAUGGAGUGGCUGGACAUGUUCGGACUUGUCUCAGUCGAGAUGCGGAUGCUAGCACUCAGUCUCAUUUGUUAAAUUCGUUUUGCGUUUCACUUCUGUAUUCCUCCAACAGGAUAUAUACAUAGUUUUGACACUCGUCUGAAAUUAUUCCUGGAAAUAUUAACAUUACACAAUUUACAGGGUUCUACCCUUUGACCGUCAUGUCUGAUGGGGGUCAGGGGUUAUCCAGUAUGGACGGUACCUCCAUGGGGGAACAGACACCAGGGGGUACAGUGUUGCUGGAUACACAUUCCCUGAUGUGUACCGAUCCUGCAACUACGACAACACCAUCGACUCGCCAGCAGUACGUUGUAGAGGAGGAGAUAACUGUGAGCGUUCCUCUUGUGAGACCCAAGCAGGACUUUCUGUUCAUUCUGAAACAGGCUGGAGCAAGAGGCGAAGUAUUUACGAGGAAGGAGAUAUGCUACUUUCUUAAGAACUACAUUGGAUCGAGAAAGCUGUAUGACCCAAAUGACCCAAGGGUUGUGUACUGCAAGGAAGACAUUCUAGGGAAGGUGUUUGGGGUGGAGAACUUCACUAUCAAUGAUGUGCUGUGUCUCCUAUCAAAGAACUGCACACCUGUGCCAGACACAUGUAUCAAGAGGAAGAGACAUGUGGUAUCCAGGUCGGUGUCCACCAGCUCUCAGACCACUGGUAUCCCUGAUCAGAAACCUCUGCCGACUCGAGCAGCAAUAUGUCCUGUCACAACAGAGGUUAUUAAAGGCCCGCCUAGUGAUGUGAUCACCAGUACUACCUCGAGAAUCACCAGCAGCAACUCACUGGGCAGUGGGACUUCACAGAGCAGAACCUGUGAUGAUGACCCAGCUCACAGUGACAAGAAGAGAAAACAAGACGGUACCUCUACCGACUCCACGGAUGUCGACCUGCCCGUGAAGAAGUGCAAGACGUCGCUCAAUGUGACGUACAGUGACUCAGAGGCUGCUUGUUACCCGUGGUACUUCAGUGUCAAGAUGGAGAAAUCGGACGAAAGUGAAAUCCUCAGUGUGCAGGACAAGGAGACCAUGCUGGUGAAGGACUCCACCGAUGACCUGUGGUUUGUCGAAGAGGACGAGAUAUCCGUGGAAUACGAAUCGGAUGCGUUUUCCGUGGAGUACGAAGUGGAGUCGAGUCCCAGUGACACAGUCUCGGACACAGAUGGAACGUGCGACAUGUCAGGAGAUGGCUUUCUGGUUGUGUGCAAUGAUAGUGAUGUCCCAUUCUGGGCCUCCAGUGAGAUGGACUCGGAAUCAGAUUCAGAGUUGUCUGAUGCUGACAAAUGGACGUGUGGCGAAUGUGAAGAAAAGAACUCUCCAGUUCAGCGAUACUGCAGUCGGUGCUGGAAGCUUCGUCCCGAUUGGCUGCCCGAGUUUCACGCACGGAAACCUAUGGCAGCAGGUCUGUCCAGGAAGAGGUUUGUGAGGUCACAUUCUGCACCCGGCGCCAUCUCAUCACCAGAAAGUACCACAAGUGACAGUUCCAGGACCAACCGGUCACCUGUUAGAGAUCGGUCACCACAAAGGGCGAAAAGACUGGCCAAACGGUCUGCACACCAAGACACCACCAGUCCAUCACAGCCAUCCUCCUCCUGUUCCUCUUCAUUUUUGUGCAAUAAUAAAACACACAAGAAAAAAUAUUUUAGUCCUGAUGAAGCAUGUCUUUCUGUCUCAACAGACUUGAAGAAAGGUUCUCAUGGUGAGUUGUGUCUUUCAGUGUCAUCAGGCUCUAGAAACAAAGAAUCUGAUGAAAAAGGUUUUUUGGAGUCAUCAGACUUUAAAAAGACAUUUCCUGAUGAUGCAUGUCUUUCCAUCUCAUCAGACUCGAAGAAUAUCUCUCCUGCUGAUGAAACAUGUCUUUUGGUGUCAUCAGAAUGUAAGGAAUUUCUUCCUGAUGAAAUGUGUCCUUCUGUCUCACAAAAUUUGAGGGAAACCUGUCCUGUUUCAGAAAAGUCUGAACUGAAUCAACAGAAGUUAAAGGGGUUCUCGUCUUCACCAACAUCUUCGAGUGCAAAUGCGAAAAGACUUCCGUUCCUUGAUGACUCUGGAGUCAGCGUUGGAUCAGUGUCAUCACUUCCUGUUUCGAGUCAGGAAUCUCUGAGGUCUGUUCCAUUGAUGGUUUCCAGUCAGGAAUCUCUGAGGUCUGUUCCAUUGAUGGUUUCCAGUCAGGAAUCACAACAGUUUUCCCCACCACACACUUCCCAAAAACCGGAAGAGUUGAACGGCAAUGAUAAAACGUCAUCAUUACCAACACAAGAAAAGACCAACAAAGAAUUGUCUUUACAGCAUCUGUCCAGUAAAGGACACAAGAUUGAUAUAGAGAGAUCUGGUUCUGCUUCAUACGUUCUGCUGGGCACGAUUAAAUCCAGUUCUGUAUCACAAACUCCUCUGGAAGUGAUGAACUCCAUUUCUGUGCCAGACACUGCAUCAGAUGGUAAAAAUUCUGCAUCGAGGAAAAAUACUUUGACCACAAAUCCCAGCAAGAAAGCUUUGCUUCAGAGUGAGAGUAAAAAACUUGAUGACAUUAUCUCGAGUACGGACAGCUGUAAAAACAAUCCUGUGAGACUGUAUGUGCCCUCUAGUCCGAAGAAAACAUCUCCCGUGUUGGGCCAAGCCUCUGUUUCUGACAUGUGUAUGAUUUGUCUGUCCAGGCCAAAGACGGGCAGUAUCAUACAUGGAAGCUCCGGACACCAAGUGUGCUGUUACAAAUGUGCCAAGAGACUCAAACGAAAGGGAAAGUGUUGUCCCGUCUGUCGACGUUCAAUUCAAAAGGUUGUGCGGAAUUAUAUUUUGUGAAUUGUUGUUGUAUACUUAUAUAGACAAUUAGUAUUUAGUAAGGGAUUUUUGUGGUACAUUGUUUUUGAAGUGUUGGUAGAGGUUUGUUCUUGUUAUGUGGCAAAUUUAGUGUUAUGUAGGCAAUGGGACUGUGGCUGUUAUGAAUCAACAACUUCAUAAGGAAAUUUAAAAAAAGGAGUUUUUAUAAUUACAAACAGCACAAAUAUACUUGUAGUUAAAAAUGCACAUAAUCUCCCUCCUAAAAAAAUUCAGCAAUUUAUGAUUAACAUGAUAUUUGUUUUAAAUUGCAAUUGCAAUGAGCUAAAUAUACUACCCUAAUUUUCACUAGAUAUCAUUUUCCCAUGUUAGUAUCUGACCGAACGGAAUUGAGGUCGGAUAUGAUGGGAAGUUCAUUUCUUUCGUAAAAAUGUUAACUAGCGAAAAUGAGUGUGGUAUUCUCUUUAUUACCCACCAUCAAAUAAAGUAAAGUCUGACGUCCAACCUAACUCAACCGGACCUGCGAAUACACACAGUUUAGAUCAGCUAGGGAAGAUGACGUCACUUAGACCAGCUAGGGAAGAUGACGUCACUUAGACCAGCUAGGGAAGAUGACAUCACUUAGACCAGCUAGGGAAGAUGACGUCACUUAGACCAGCUAGGGAAGAUGACAUCACUUAGACCAGCUUGGGAAGAUGACAUCACUUAGACCAGCUAGGGAAGAUGACAUCACUUAGACCAGCUAGGGAAGAUGACGUCACUUAGACCAGCUAGGGAAGAUGACAUCACUUAGACCAGCUAGGGAAGAUGACGUCACUUAGACCAGCUAGGGAAGAUGACAUCACUUAGACCAGCUUGGGAAGAUGACGUCACUUAGACCAGCUAGGGAAGAUGACGUCACUUAGACCAGCUAGGGAAGAUGACAUCACUUAGACCAGCUUGGGAAGAUGACGUCACUUAGACCAGCUAGGGAAGAUGACGUCACUUAGACCAGCUAGGGAAGAUGACAUCACUUAGACCAGCUUGGGAAGAUGACAUCACUUAGACCAGCUAGGGAAGAUGACGUCACUUAGACCAGCUAGGGAAGAUGACAUCACUUACCAAAAUGAUGUCAUUUAGCAACCAGGCCUCUGAGAAUUGUAAAUCUGCGUGACCCAUUUAUCGGUUAUGCAGACAUAAAUCCAGGUAACCCAUUUCCAUUUUGCUUAACCCAUUAUAUCGAAGUAAAUGGUGCUCCAAAUUUCGCAUGCAAAAAAAAUAGGUUAUGCAACAUUAGAUUUGCGUGAGCAACACACGAAGGAAACGAUUGUUCUCGCAAUUUUCAGAGGCCUAAGCAACUGAUAUGUAUUGCCAGGUGUGUACGAAAUGUAUACGACACACCUGGACACACCUAGACGUUCAGCUGGUGGGUAAUGAAUGUCCGAUUUUGUCCAAUUUAUGGUGCUAAUUGUUAGGGCAUUUUGACACAGUCCUUUGUAUAUGAUGAUCUGUUAUUGAUAUUGCAGUUUGAAAGAUUAUUUAUAUAAAAAACCCAACCUUAAGUUGUUUACAUUUGUUUUCUGGGGAGUAUACAUUGUAAAUCAUUUAUUUUCGUCCUUAUGAUGAUUCAUUUUCCAUAAUUACAUCAUUUUCUGCAUUUGUUUUCUAAAACUUGUCAGUUUUUUGUAGUGACAUCAUCCAGUCAGAAUAUAUUAAAUUGUAUUACAGCUGAAAGUUUGUAAUUUUUAUGUUAACUGGUGAUUCUAUCAAUUAGCUUAAAAAUGCCAAUAUAUAUUCUUCAAAAAAACAUAGGGGAACACUAAUAAGAAUUUACAAUUGCCAAAAUUGUAAGGUACAUGUAUAUUAGCUGUGGGGAAUGGUUAUAUGAUAAUAGUGAAUUAAUUGGGCAAA